UUUAGGAUAUCUUUUGCAUUUGACUCAGUUGUCCUGCUUCGUUUUGAGGAAGUUGAUUUAAUCUGUCAUUUUUCUUGAUCAUCAGGAAAUGACUGGAUCUGCUUUGUAUUCAGCUGCUGCUGCUCCACCAAGACAAGGGAAAUUAGAUAAUUUCCUUGAAGUCCCUCCAAUCUCUUCUUACUGCAGCUCCUGUAUUCUCGAGUUUGAUGGUGCCUCAAAGGGAAAUCCCGGACUCGCUGGUGCUGGAGCAGUGUUGCGUGCAGCAGAUGGAAGUGUGGUUUUCCGGCUACGUGAAGGCCUGGGCAUUGCAACCAACAAUGUUGCAGAAUACAGAAGCUUGAUAUUGGGAUUGAAGUAUGCGCAUGAGAAAGGAUUCAAACACAUACAAGCCCAAGGAGAUUCCAAGCUUGUCUGCAUGCAGACUCAGGGACUCUGGAGAACUAAGAACCAGAACAUGGCUGAGCUGUCGAAGGUGGUCAGGGAACUAAAGGAGCAAUUCACCUCGUUCCACAUCAGCCAUGUCGAUAGAGAAUACAACACCGAAGCUGAUGCUCAGGCGAAUCUAGCCGUGUAUCUAGAACAUGGUCGGGUGGAAGUCGAAUGAGGAGGCGUGGAGCCCGCCGAAAACCAAAUCACUUGACAACGUCGUGAUUAUGGGUUUUGGGGAGGAUGUGUGAAUCCUGCAGACUAACAAUGUGUGUAUGUAGUAGAAGAAGAUAUGCAGCAAAUUGUUGGGCUAUUAUUUAUGUAGAUUCACUUGACAUUGCCCUUUCUCUGGCCAAAAAAUAUAUGGAGCAAGUCACUUGUUCCAUGAACUUUUAGGUGCUUUCAAAUAACUUAUUCAAAUAGCUGGCAAAAAGGUCAUGGGUGUUAUCUGGCAAAAU